ACGACGUAGCGACGAGGCGUAGCGAAAAAAAAAUACCGGAUGAGAUCCAGUGUGGGACUAUAGGAUCGGAGCGCGACAGACGGAGAGUCGCUAUCUUGCCGGUGAGGUUUCUCCUAUCGCUCUCUUUCGACAUUUCCGAACUUCGGGGUGAUAACGCUUUCAACCGGAAGUAUUUACGAACCUGCGCCAAUCGGACGAUCCUUGCAACAGCGAAGAUGAGUUUCAAUCCCAUGAAAUGGAAAACGAGAUCUAUUUUGCACAGCGUUCUAGGCGCUUUGCUUCUUUAUAUACUAUUUGUUUAUAAGAAGAAACAUCAAGUGAUGUUCGAGGGCAUUAUAAAUAAGUCGGAUCCCAAACUAGUGUGGGAGUUUGUGGCUGAUUUUAGCAACAUGAAAAAAUUAAAUCCAACAAUAGAGGACUUUAAUGUGCUCGACGAAGGCGGGAAUUAUGAUCACUGGAAAUAUUCCGUACGAUAUACAGAACAUCUAAGUCAUUUGCCAAUGAUCCGUAACGUAGCGCACGGAUACUACGCCGUCAAGCCGGACAACAAUGGCUACGUCAUCAGUUCCAGGCAUCUGACUUGCUUCUUUCUUGACUUUGGCUGUUUGGAGUCUAUUUCGCAAUUCAGAUUCGAAGUGUACGGGACGGAAGAUACCAGAUGCAUUGAGACCGUACAGUAUGAAUGCCCAAUCGCGUUCUCGCCAUUAUGUCACAGAGAAGUUAUGUAUCAACGGGAAGAAAUCCUGAAGAGGCUGAAAUCUGAAUUCGCUGUUAAUAACAGGAGAGAAAAUUAGGUUAUACUUACACAUGAUGUAU